CCGCCACCCCCACCCUCGGGAGACGGUCCGGAGCGCUCGGUUCACGCACAGAAAAAAAAACCCGGAGAGGAGAAUUGUUAAUGGAAAAUGGCGAUGGGCAAAAGGUGUUGCAGCAUCGUCUGCCUGGUGUCCGCGCAGAUGCUCCUGAUUCUCAGCGCGUCGUGGCCUGGAGCGGCGGGACUCACGUUCCCGCAGCAGUACACGAUGACGCACUGGGCCAGGCGAAUCGAACAGGAGAUCGACCGAGUCUUUCAGCAGAUCACCGGCGCUCAGCAGUUGAAAGGACUGUACAAUGAAGAAAGACGACAGUUUAGUCUGGUGAAGAAUCAGCCUCGCAAGAUCGUGGAGAAGGUGGCCUCUGAUAUAGAGAAACUCCUGGCGAAGAAGCGCAAGGCGCUGGAUAGGUUGGCCAGUGAAGCAGAGCGGCUCCAGCGAGAGCACCUCUGGCAGGAUGGAAUUAAGGAGCUGGACAUGGCUUAUUAUGACUCCAAGGCUGAGCUGGACUAUUACCCCAUGGAUGGAGAAGGAGAGGUGGAAAACCCUUCACACAUCAAGCUGGAGUUUGUUUAUGAUCCAAACUUCAAAAAUAAUGUCAACUAUUCCUACACAGCUGUUCAGAUUCCCACAGAUAUUUAUAAAGGAGGCAAGUGGACUUAUUAUAUUAUUAAGACAAAUGUUCCUCGGGCCAACUGUAAUAAAAUAAUCAUGCUGUUCACUGAUGGAGGGGAGGACAGAGCUCAGGAUGUCUUCAUGCAGUACAACUGGCCCAACAAAACGGUUCGAGUUUUCACUUUUUCUGUUGGCCAACACAACUACGAUGUUACGCCUUUGCAGUGGAUUGCGUGCACCAAUAAAGGUUACUAUUUUGAGAUCCGGUCCAUCUGUGCUAUAAGGAUUAACACCCAGGAGUACCUCGAUGUGCUGGGGCGCCCCAUGGUCCUGGCAGGCAGCGUCGCCAAGCAGGUUCAGUGGACCAAUGUGUAUCAGGAUGCUCUGGGUCUUGGAAUGGUGGUGACUGGGACUUUGCCUGUAUUUAAUCUUACCAUGGACGGAAACUCACAGAACCAGCUGAUAUUAGGUGUCAUGGGUGUCGACGUGCAUCUUGAUGAGAUAAAGCGGCUAACACCUCGGUACAAUCUUGGAGCCAAUGGAUACAUAUUUGCCAUUGAUCCAAAUGGAUAUCUUCUGCUUCACCCUAACCUUCAGCCAAAGCUAGUGAACCUCCCCGAGCCUGUGACGUUGGACUUCCUGGAUGCCGAGGUGGAGGACAGCAACAAAGAGGAGAUCCGGCGACAAAUGAUUGAUGGAAGACCAGGAGAAAUGAAAGUCAAAACUCUAGUCAAGUCGGUUGAUGAGCAAUACAUUGACGACGUGUACAGGAGUUACACCUGGACCUCUAUCAAUGGCACAGAUUACAGUCUGGGUCUGGUGCUGCCUCCGUACGGCGAAUACUUCAUCCAGGCAGACCUGAGCGACAUGAUGAUCCAGCUGCAGUACAUACAGUCCCUCCUGCCCAGCUCCUUUGAAUCCUCAGGGCACCUGUUUCUGGCUCCGAGGGAAUACUGCAAAAGUCUGCAUCUUUCUGACAACAACACCCAGUUUCUGGAGAACUUCCUCUUGCUCAUGGUGCACAUUUCCCCGGACUCUGAUGAAUGUGACCAUGGCCUCAUCCACAACCUGAUUUUGGAUUCUAGGAUCAUCGGGCAGCUGGCCUCUCGUGUUUGGAAGAACAAGGACCUGAAUUCGUACGGCUUCCUGGCUGUAUUUGCGUCCACCAAUGCAGGAAUAACACGUGUUUUCCCCAACGUAGCUGCUGAGUCAUGGGAUGAGGAUCCCGAACCCUUCAAUACAAAUUAUUAUAGACGGAGCCUCGACAACAAAGGCUACAUGUUCAGAGCUCCAUCCAGAUCCGCGUUGGACGACCCUGCAGCCGCAGAAAAUGGCACCGUUGGAAUUUUGGUUAGUUCGGCUGUGGAGGUUGAUUUAGGAGGCAAACUGCUCAAACCUUCAGUGGUCGGAGUGAAGCUGGACCUGGAGGCCUGGGUGGAUAAGUUUAAGAUUCUGGCCAGCAACGUGUCCGACAGCCGACAGGGCUCACACAAGUGUGGACCCUCCCGAAGCUGCGAGAUGGACUGUGAAGUAAACACUGACGACCUUCUCUGUUAUCUCAUUGAUGAUGGUGGAUUCCUGGUUAUGUCUAAUCAAAGAGAUCAUUGGAAAAAGAUCGGUCUUUUCUUUGGUGACGUUGACCCUUACCUGAUGCACGCUCUCUACAACAACUCCAUCUUCAACCGCCGCCAGUCGUACCACUUCCAGUCCGCCUGCGAGCCGGUCAGCAGCAGCCACACUGGUGCAGCGCCCAGGGGCAUCUACGUGCCCUCCAUUGCUGACGUCCUCAGCGUGGCCUGGUGGACCUCUACAGUGGCAUGGUCUGUGACCCAGCAGCUGCUUUAUGGACUUGUCUACAACAGCUGGCUUUACCGAGACGAUGUCCUGGUUGAAGGUUUUGAAACAAGGGAAAGCAGCUGUGUGACCAUCCAGAGCCAGUUCUACUUCACAAACACCACCAACUCCUACAACGUGCUGCAGGACUGUGGAAACUGUUCCCGGCUUUUCCACGCUAAGCGGAUCGAAAAUACCAACCUCCUUUUUGUGGUGGCCGAGACGCUCCCCUGCAGCUCGUGUGAGAUCGAGAGAUUGACACAGAUCAGGACAGAAUUUCAGGAGGAGAAUCCAUGCGAAGUACUGAGCAAUGCACGAUAUCGUAAAGGCCCGGCAUCAUGCUUCGACUACAGUGCCUUAGAAAACGCGUCAGAGUGUGGACGAGGUUGUGCACUGCAGUCCUCUAUAGGCGUCCUUCUCUUUAUUCAGCUUAUUCUGCCUCUUUUUCAACUUUGACACGUGCAAACACUCUAACUGACAUCUCUCAUCUCUUUGGGUUGAGGCUCGGAUCUACUGAAGGUCAGAUCAAGCAGCUACUGCUGAAUUAGAAUUUCUUCAAUGCACAAACUGUGCUUGAAAAAAAUGUCUGGAACUGCUUUUAAUGUUUAUUGCCUUAUUGCGUACGCAUUUGUUGGUGUUUCAGGGCUUGCUUGAGUGCAAAUUAUAGAAUGUGUUUAGUGUGCAUGCUACUUAAAACAAUACCAGCAUGUUUAACAUUUUUGCACACGUGCUCAGCCAUGUAAGCAACCACCAAAUAGUCAGGAAGUGCAGCUGAACUUUUAACGGGCCGAUGAGGGACCGCCCGGCGGGAACAGAGGUCAGUCCCAAUGAUUUGGUUGGAUUGUGGUGGGGAACUUGGAUCUAAGACUGAUUUGUUAUGUAGUAAACACACAGUGUUCUCGCGUUUCUCCAAAGAUACCAAAAAAAGCCACGCAGUCAAAGUGUUACUUCAGUAAAAGCAGAGACGUGCAAGCAACAACAUUAAAUUUAAAAUAUUUAUUUGACAGCAGAAUGGGGCCUAUCAGUGUAACAGUUAUCAGUAUCAUGUAUUAUUUUAUCAGGUUAUUAUUCCUGAUGUAUUAAGCAUCCAUGUUAAUGUUGGGGCUCGUUCAUUUACA